AUGAGUAUAUUAGUAAAAUUAAAGAACAAACUUCAAGAUCAAUCAGUAUAUGAAACAAAGCUUCGUGAAUUUGAUGAAUGUAUGUUACUUCUUAGAAAUGAGAAUGUUGAACUACACAAACGUAUUGAUCAGCUCGAGGCAUUGUGUAAAACAAGUGUCGUCAACACUCAACAAACACAUUUUUUUGACGAACAUGUUCGAGAACUUGAACAAGAAAAUGGACGAUUGUUUACUGAAAAUCAAUGUCAACGAGAAGAAUAUAUAAGAUUUUUGGAUAAACUAUCAACUAUGGUUAUUAGAACAGCUGUCAUGCAAGAGAAUAUUCGUAAAGAAUGUUCAUCAAUAUAUCAUGUUAUUGAAAAAUUAUCAUCUUUAACAACAAAUAGUAUUGAAAAUAAGCAUCAAUAUGAUAUAAUUAUGAAAGAAACAAGAGAAAAUUUAUCGCUACAAAAUUUAAAUAAAUCUUUGGAAAUGAUUUGUAAUCUUGAAAAAUUAAUAAAAAAUGAUAAUGAAGUUAUUCGAUCAUCAUCAAAUUCAUCAUCAUCGUCAUCGUCAUCAUCAUCAUCAACAACUCAUUGUUCAAUUUCAACAUCAGAUAGUUGGACAAUUGAUUUCAAGGGCAAGAAGAUUCAAAAUUUAAUUUCAGAUACAUCAAUAAACGAAUCAGAACAGCAACAAAUUCUUCAACGAUCAGAAACAUUUAUAAUUUCCAAACUACCUACAUCUCUCCCAAUAACAGUAAAUAAUCAUAAUGUCGAACAUUGUCCAAUAACUCGAACAACAGUUACUACAUCAUCUAUUAUCCGUCCAUCAAGACUUCCUUGUCGUCGUUCAAAUCCAAAAACACCACCAUCGAAUAAUAAUAAUAACGAUUCGUCAUUAUCAACAUCGAAAUUACCUAUUCGAACAACAUCUUCAUUAAAUCGACAACAAAUUUCUACGAAAAAAUCUAAUAUUCCAACACCGAUUACAUCGAAAAUAAAGAAAGAUACAACAGAAAUAUCUAAUUAUUCAUUCAAUAAUACAACAAUAAAGAAUAUAAUUCAACCACCUUCAAUUAUUCAAUCUCUAUCAGAUAAAACACGAUCUUAUUCGGCUACACCAACUAUGACGAAUAAUACAAAUACUUCUACUUCAUCUCCAUUAAGUAAAUGUACGAGAACAACAAUCAAUACAAUAAAAUCUAAUGGUUCUAUUAAACAAAUGAAUUCAACAUCGAGUGAAUCGAGCAUUGAAGAACAACAGAAACAAAUGAAUAAGUUAUUACCUAUUGUACAAGAUGAAGGAUAUUCUACAUGGUCUUCAGUUGAUGUAAAAGAUGAUGCAAUCAAGAUAAAUACAAAGAAAAAUGAAAUUAAUGAUCGACAGAAAAAUAUUGGACUUGUUAAAACUUGGCUGGACGAUUCAUCAAAUAGACAAUGUUUGGAAAAACCGGUGAAAGAAGUUGAAAAUGAUAAACUUGAACAAUUCACACAAGAUCUAUCUGACGGUUCAUUAGUUUUAUGUCCAUUUGUUCGUACUCGUUGUUCAAGUAUCGCUCCUAUUCCUCUUACAUCAACACCAACAAAAGAUAUUUCACUUGAUAGCCUUAAUAGUCCAGGUUCAAAAGGUGAUACAACUAUAUCAUCAUCAUCAUCUUCAUCAACAUCGACAUCGUCAUCAUCAUCAAUAUUUUCUUGUUCUGAAACAUUUGAAAAGAUACUUGCUAUACAAACAUUAUCAAAUAUUACAGAUGAUAUUGCUGAUACAACUAGUUCAGCAUCAUCGACAUUUAAUAUGUCAGAAUAUAUUGAAGAUCAUUUUAUUGAUCAAGAUGAUAUAACUAGUGAUGAACGAUCAUCAUUAGAAACAACUAUAUUUGAUAAAAGUAAUUCAUACAAACCUCAAAAACGUCUUCUAUUUCCUGGUGUCUUAAAUCGUUUAAUAUUUUUUCGUCGAUUUUUUUCUGAAUCUGAUUUACAACGAAAACAAUUUUCUAUGAAUGAAAAUGAAAAUCAAUUUCAUGUUUAUCAUUCAAAUACAAUUAAUGAACAUUCAGUUGAAGUUCAUCUAAUAAAUACAUAUGGUUCCGAUACAGAAUUACAUGUUUGGUCACAUGAUUGUGCUGAACAACGAAGAUUUCUUAAUGAACGACAACAUUAUCAACAUUUAGAAAAUCCAAUUGAAGAAAAACAAUUCAAUCAUGAUGAUCAACAAUUAGCUGUUGAACGUCAAAUGUUACUUCAACAAAUAUUUGAAUAUCCAUGGUUAUUACAAGAAAAUGAUCUUGAUCGAACAACUGGCUUAUCAUCAAUAAAUACUGAACAAUCAUUAUUAUCACCUGCAGAUAAUGUCAUUGUUCCAUCUCAUAAUCCAGAUUUUUAUCAAUUAUGUGCAUUAACAAAUAGUAGUUCAUUUGUUUUAUCUCAUGAUACGAAUAUAAAACAUACUACUGCGUCUACAACAUCAUCUUUUGUAUAA